AUGAAUCCAGAGUUUUCGCUUCUGGAUAUUCUUCAGAAUCAACAACGGAUUCUCGAUAAACUGAUGGAAAAUCAAUCAUCCGCUGGUCAAGACAAUGGAAGUUCAUCAAGCCGACAAUCCACGUUUUCGAACCAGAGGAACAACAAUCAGGAGUUUAUUAUCGAGUCUCUGUCCAGUGGAAUCACAGAGUUCAUGUACGAUCCUGAGAACGGCGUAACAUUUGCAGCGUGGUUCUCAAGGUAUGAAGACUUGUUCCAUGAAGAUGCAAAAAACCUGGAUGAAGCCGCAAAAGUUAGACUUUUGCUUCGGAACAUUGGUACGGUGGCACAUCAAAAGUACAUUAGCUAUUUCCUUCCGAAGAAGCCCAACGAUCAAAAUUUCGAUCAAACCGUAUCAAUUCUGAAGACCAUUUUCGGACGACAGAUUUUAGUGUUCAACGCAAGAUAUCAGUGUCUACAGCUGUCAAAGAACUCCAGUGAUGAUUUUUACACUUACGCAGGAAUCGUUAAUCAAAAAUGUGAAGAAUUCAAGCUUAACGAAGUGACGCCAGAUCAGUUCAAAUGCCUUAUGUACGUGUGCGGCCUUAAAUCACACCGGGAUGCAGACAUUCGCACCACUCUCCUGUCCAGAAUUGAAAGCAAUAAGCCCGAUGAUGAUAUGACGGUACAUAGGUUAGUAGAUGAAUGCCAGCGACUGAUCAAUCUAAAACGCGACACAGCAAUGGUAGAGAAGCAUAGCAGCACGGAGCAAGCACUAUGGGACGUUCCAAUAAAUGCUGUAUGUAACACUGUACAACUACAAAAAUUUCCUCGGACGGAGGGUCUUAUUCAAGAACUUCAACAUAAAUAUGACGCAAUUUUUAGUGAUGAACUUGGACUUUGCAAAAAGAAAAAGGUGUCGUUCACAGUCAAACCUGGUAUCAAACCCAUAUUCCGUCUGAAACGACCAGUUCCUUAUGCAUCUGCAAGCAAGAUUGAAGUAGAAUUGGAUCGUCUUCAAAAACUCGGAAUUAUCAUACCUGUAUCGUAUUCAGAGUGGGCUGCUCCGAUAGUAGCUGUGACAAAACCAAAUGGACGUGUCAGAAUAUGUGCCGACUACUCAACAGGAUUAAAUUCUGCAUUGGAGCCACAUCAGCAUCCGUUACCUCUACCUCAAGACAUCUUUGCCAAGCUGGCCAACAAGAAGGUGUUCAGUCAAAUUGACCUAUCAGACGCCUAUUUACAGGUCGAGAUUGAUCAAGAUUCACGAAAGCGGCUCACAAUCAAUACUCACAAGGGACUUUUUGAAUUUACACGACUUUCUCCUGGUGUCAAGACAGCUCCAGGUGCUUUUCAAGAAAUUGUAGACAACAUGAUCGCUGGUUUGGACGGAGUAAGUGGCUAUUUAGAUGAUAUCAUCGUGGCAAGUGAUUCAGUGGAAGAACACAUGAUUCAUUUAGAGCGUCUGUUUGCACGUAUUCGCGAAUAUGGUUUUACUCUCAAGAUUGAGAAAAGCAAUUUCUUCAUGAGUGAAAUUAAGUAUCUGGGGUUAAUCGUUGAUUCUCAAGGUAUACGUCCAGAUCCAGAGAAGGUUCGAGCUAUUAGUGAGAUGUCGGCACCGCAUGAUGUCACUACCUUACGAUCAUUUUUGGGUGCGGUGAAUUAUUAUAGCAAAUUUGUACGUGGUAUGCAUAAACUACGUGAACCGAUGGAUGCAUUACUGAAGAAAGACGUCAGGUGGUACUGGUCUCCGGCUUGUCAACAAUCUUUCAACCAAUUCAAACGGAUUUUGCAGUCAAACCUGUUACUCACACACUAUGACCCAAGGCUCGAGAUUAUUGUUGCCGCUGAUGCUUCCAUGAGUGGAGUUGGAGCGGUUCUGCUACAUCGUUUUCCAGACGGCACAAUUAAGGCGGUUUGUCACGUUUCCAGAACCAUGACUCAAGCCGAGAAUGGAUACAGUCAAGACAGAUCAUAA